AUGUGUCAAGCCACCAUGCUGGUGGAGCUGCUCUGUCUGCUCGUCUUCACCAUUCGACUCGUUCACUACGCCAAAGUGAUCCCUCGAGACAAGUUCUGGAAAGAUCCCAAAAACAUCUGCAUCAUCGUCAUCCUCGUGCUCACUCUGGUCGAUAUGAUCAUCUACGGAGCGCUGAAGGCCACAAACUGUUUCGCUGUCCGCUGGUCCAGAGUCCUGCGCCCGCUGCUGCUGGUCAACAUCACAGAGGGACGGCAGCUCCGCAGAGCGUUCAGGAGCAUCCGGAACGCUCUGCCUCAGAUCUUCUACGUCUUCCUGCUCUUCAUGUUCAGCGUCCUCAUCUUCUCCCUCAUGGCGCUCAAACUGCUGGGCAAACGAGGUCUGAAGACUAUCGACGGACAGCCGUACUUCACCAACUACCUGGAGAUUGUCUUCGAUCUGUACGUCCUCGUCACCACGGCCAACAGCCCUGACGUCAUGAUGCCAGCGUACAACACCAGCUUCGUCUUCGCCAUCUUCUUCAUCCUGUACAUCCUCAUCAACACCUACAUCUUCAUGUCCGUCUUCUUGGCCGUCGUCUACAACAACUACAAGAAAUACCUGAAGGAGGAGGUACGGCAGCUGGUGAGGGCCAAAAGGCACAAGAUGGUGCGAGCGUUCGCUGUGCUGCAGGAGCAGCGAGAGGAGGGCGGGGAGCCCGUGGUGAGCCAGGCUAACUGGAACCAAGUGGUCCGACUGGUCCAGCCCGACAUCAGCAACGCCCACAGAGAGCUGCUGUGGAGUGUCUCUGACGACAACAACCAGGGCUGCAUCGGUAAGGUGGCGUUCGUCCAGCUGGCCGACCUCCUGAACAUCGAGGUAAUCACACUCAAGUCCAGACCACACCCAUUCAACAGUGUGUGCCCCGCCCUCUACCAGUCGGCCCCCAGCCGCCUGCUCUGCCGAUUGGUCCAACACCGGGCCUUUGUGAUCGUGUACGACCUCAUCAUUCUGGUGAACGCCGUAUUCAUCGGCCUGGACGAGGAGAAUCCGAUGAUCGCGAACUCUGAGUGGGUCUUCCUGGCUCUCUACCUGCUGGAGAUCCUGCUGAAGCUCUACGUCUUCGAGCCCAGAGCGUUCUUCUCCAGACACAAUUUCUGGAACUGCUUAUCUUCAUCGCAGGUAAUAAGUAUGAGGUUUGACACCAUCAUCGUCAUCUCCGCUCUCAUCGCCACCAUCAUCAACUCAGCCAUGUCGUCAUCGGGGAAUUACACCAGCCGUCAGAUCCUGGACAUCGUCUUCAUCCUGCGAGUCCUCCGACUGAUCCGGGUGGUGGACAGCAUCAAAAGGUUUCGUGCAAUCAUCAACACCCUGAUCAGGAUCGGACCGGCCAUCCUCACAUUCGGACAGCUGAUCAUUGUGGUGUACUACAUCUUUGCCAUGGUGGGGAUGGAGGUGUUCAAAGACAAGGUGAAGUUUUAUGAGGACUCCAGCGACCCGGCGAAGGCGUACUGUGGAAACAUUAAGCUGAAAGAUUCGGCCUUCGCACAACUCAACUACUGCAAGAACAACUUCAACAACGUGGUGUCGUCCUUCAUCCUGCUGGUGGAGCUCACCGUCGUCAACCAGUGGCACGUGCUCAGCACCGGCUUCGCCACCGUCACCCACAUGUCAGCCAGGAUCUUCUUCGUCCUCUUCCACAUCAUUGUGGUCAUCAUCAUCAUCAACAUCUUUGUGGCGUUCGUCCUGGAGGCGUUCUUCGUGGAGUACUCGGUGGAGAAGAGCGACCUGCAGACGUCUCUGGAGAGGAAGAUCGAGGAGCUGGAGUUGGCUGUGGCUCAGGAGAAGUUGGAGGAUAACUUGGUGAACGCCAUGGAAACCAUUGACAGCGACCAGGGAACCGGCCAAUCAGCGAACAACAGACCCAACCUGAUGUUUAAAAUUGCUUCAAAAAGAUAUCGGACGGUGGACGCUCUGCUGCAGCGGAUGUUCGAGGCCGAUCUCGACCCCGAGGACUUUGCUGAGAACGACGACGAGACCAACGGGAACUUUGAGAACCCGGCGUUUGGCUCUGUGUAGACAUUAAUGUACAAAUCCAUAUGAAGGGAACCAGCUUCUAUCAUUCCUCUACAGUUUUAUACUCAUCUCACAUGUUUAAAUCUGAUGUUUAUCCAGUGUUAUAUUUUUAUAUUUCGGUCCUGUAGCUGUGUGUAGAAACACAUAAAGAAUAUUGACACCG